UUUCCCCCCGACGCGCGGCUUAUAUAAAAUGCGAGGAAGGAAUGAUGAAUGGCACAAAUGUUCUGCUGCGCGCACACAGGUGCCUUGAAGAUGAGGUGGCUCGUCGUUGCCUUUGCUGCUUGCAGUUUUGUGGCGGAUGUCUACUGUGCCGACGACACAAUUGCUUGGUGUUACCACCUUCCAUCUUGCAGUUACACCCAAUGGCCAAUAAUUUCCGCGGAAUUUUGCAACGGGAGCAGACAAUCGCCCAUUAAUAUUGUGACCUCGGCGGUCACAGUCAAUGAAAGUCUGAAUGAUUUCGCCUUCACAAACUUCGGCAAUACGAACGUGCUGGACAAUAUCACCAACACUGGCAAAACUGUGAAAGUGAACUUCAAAUCCGGGGUGCAGGUUUCCGGGGGAGGUCUCUCCGAGACCUACGACAGCCUGCAGUUCCACUUGCACUGGGGCAACCGCAGCAACGUACCUGGCUCCGAGCACGCCGUGAAUGGAGUCCGCUACCCCAUGGAGUUGCACAUUGUCAACAUCAAGUCCAGCUUCAACGGGAACACGACCGCAGCCGUCAAUGACCCCAUGGGAGUCGCCGCUCUCGGCUUCUUCAUUGAGGUACUGCCGAACACGACCGGCCAACCUGCCAGCUGGAAGACGCUCACCAGCUACCUGCAGAACAUCACGUUGGGUGGUGACAUUGUCAAUAUGACGCCAGGACUCUCCCUGAAUGAUUUGCUGGAUGGAGUGGAUCGCAGCCAGUAUUAUCGCUAUUUGGGCUCGCUCACGACACCCAAGUGUUUCGAAGCCGUGGUCUGGACUGUGUUUAAGGAGUCCAUUAAAGUCAGCGAAGACUUGAUCGACAUGUUCAGCACAAUGCUGCGUAUCGGAAACCAAACAUCGGAAAUCAUGGUCAACGUCUUCAGGGGCCUCCAGACCACACAGGCCGUCACCACUCGUUCGUCGAAUUCGGGCUCCGGCGGAUCCGGCGGCGCCUCCGGCUCUUGCGUGUCCCUGGCCCUGCUGGCUCUCAGCCUGUUCCUGGGGAGCAGUUACUAACCCAGUUGUGAAACCAGUUUGCCAAAGUGGCCUGCCUUCGACGGCGCGUAAUCAUCCCGGCUGUUUUGGUUUGUUUUUUUUCUCCCCUACCCCAAUAUGUGCGAGUAACCGAAUCGACGGUAAUGAAGGAAUGCAACAUUCUGUCUCGUUAAUUCUGCAUUUUUUUAAUGCGGGAUGUGUGUGUGCGUGUGUGUGUGUGUACACGCACACACACAGUGUAUAAUUUAAGCUUUUUAACGGCAGCUGCCACCGAGAUCUAACCUACUAUUUAUGAUCUUAAGUCUAUGUGAAUGUGUUCCCUGAUGCAGGAAUACCGGAAAUCAUGAAGGUUAAUAAAAACUUGAAGGACCAGCUGUGGGCUCGAAAGUCCGA